AUGUUUAUUAUUNUUGGAUCAGUUGUUAAUGCACCAUAUAAUAUUGAAUUAUUACAUGCAGCAUAUAAUAUAUGGCAAAAAUAUGAAAAUGAAACAUAUCCUGGAUCGACAAAUGUUGAUUAUUAUGCAUUAUUUGCAUUUGAUGCAACAUGGGCAUUAAUCAAAUCCUUAGAAAAAUUAUGUUCAUCAAAAAUAAAUAAUUCUUCUUCAUGUUUAUCAUUUCAUUCAUCUUCAUUCUGUUUUGAUUCUCGUUUCAAUCAAUAUGAUUCAUUGUUAUCAAUACUUGCUAGAACAAAUUUUCUUGGUGUAUCUGGUUCUAUAGAAUUUAGUGAGAAUGUAACAGAUCAAAUAAGUGGUUCAUAUUAUUCUUUAAAAAAUGUUCAACCAUCUGUAGAUGGUUUGAAUUUUGUAUCUGUAUUAGAAUAUUUUGAUCCUGGUAAUUGGAGAGUACCUAUAACAGAAAAUGUUAUUAUAUGGCCAGGAAAUUCUCUAACACAGCCUGCUGAUCGAGCAAUUCUUCGAGGUGUAAGUUUACGAGUUGGAAUAACGCUGGCAGUUCCAUUUACAAUGGCUCACAACGUAACAGAUGGUAAUGGACAAACUACAACACAAUAUAUUGGCUAUAUACCAGAUCUUAUUCAGCUUUUAACAGAUAAAAUUGGUUUUAAUGCAACUCUUAUAUUAGCACCAUCAAAUCAAACAUAUACGCAAAACAUUCAGUUAGUAAAUAACGGUGUUUUUGAUAUUAUCGUUGGUGAUGUUACUGUUACUGCUGCAAGAAGAGAAACAGUUAGUUUUUCUCAUACUAUAUUUGAUAAUUCUUUAUCUCUUACGGUGAUGAAAACACCCGAUGUUAGUAUCAAUCUAUUAGGAUUCUUAAAACCAUUUUCAUCUAAAUUAUGGGUAUUAGCUCUAGGUACUUGUAUUUAUGCUGGUAUUUUAAUAUGUUUUAUAGAAAGAACAGAUAAUGAAGACUUACAAAAUCGAUCACUUAUAUCUCAAUUAACAAUGAGCAUAUGGUAUUCUUUUGGUAAUAUAGUUGGAUACGGUGUAGAGUUUAACGCAAGUACAGCUGGUGGACGCUUUUUAACUGCUGGUUUAUAUGUAUUAGGUUUAAUAUUAGUAGCAUCAUACACUGCUAAUUUGGCAUCAGAUCUGACUAUAGCGAAAACACAAUUUGUUGUAUCAGGACUGGAUGAUAUUAAGAAAGGCAAAGUACCAAUGAAUCGUAUCGGUAUUCGCGUCGGCACAGCUAGUGAAGAUUAUUUUAAAACAGAAAUAUCUCAAGGAAAUCAAAAUUAUUAUCCUUUAAGAACUCGGCAACAAUUAUACGAUAGUCUACUUGCCGGCAUUAUUGAUGUUGCCCUUUCAGAUACAGGAGCUGCUNCAAGGUGGACAAAAGGAUAUGCAGAUCAAUGA